AUGAUUGCCGGAUUCAGCGGCGUUAACGGACACAUCAGCGGGCAGUGCCAUGUCGCCGGCUCGAGCGGACUGCUGGCGGCACCGCAGGUCCCCACUCAGGCCCCUACGGAGCCGCGUGUGACCCCUAACCUGUGUUUUCACUUCCAGGGUCGGCACUUCGAUGCUCACCCUCAGUCCACAAGUGCUGCGGCACGGGGGCUAACCCCCAGCGCCGAGCCCACGCCCCCGCCACCGCCACCGCCACCGCCGGCUCUACCUCCGCCACAACCCUCGCCCGCCGUGAUGCCCACACCAGGACAGGGGGGCUUCAAGAAGGUGUGCCGCACCGAGGAGGCGUCUCCGUGCCCAUUCCCGGGGCUGGCAGCGGGCGUGCUGCAGAUGAGGGUGAAGGAGGGCAGUAAGAUCCGAAACCUCAUGGGCUUCGCCAUGGCCCGCAUGCAGGGUCCGAGCGGCGCGGACGCGCUCAGGCUCGCCGGCGGAACCGGGACCACCGGCGGGUCCGCGGCAGGCCUGAGGCAGGUGGUGUUCUCCGGGUCGGGCCGCGCCGUCACCAAGACCAUCACGUGCGCGGAGAUCAUGAAGCGGAAGCUGGGGGGGCUGCACCAGCUCACCAAGCUCUGCUACAAGGGCGUGAAGGAGGUGUGGGAGAGCCAGGAGCCCGGCGGCUCCGAGAUGACGGUGCACCGGACCGUGCCGUCCAUCAGCAUCCUGCUCUCCAAGGACCCGCUGGACCCCCAUGAGCCGGGCUACCAGCCCCCCGAGACGCUCAGUGCUCUGUGGGGGGAGAGGGAGGAGCAGAGCCCCCCCCAGACUGCACCCAAGAGACCCCCCUCGCUGGAGCUCCUAGCUCACGCUGACCCGUCCAGCGCCAAGCGGCUGUGUGGGGGGGCGAGGGCGUCGCUGGGCUGCCCCGUGGACUGAGGGAGGAAGAGGGAGGAAGAUGAGGGGCGGAGAAGUGAUAAAUGGGCUCCUAUUUACAGAUACACACACACACACACACACACACACACACCAUAUACACACGCA